UUGUAAUGAUAGACAACACUUUUUUAAUGGAUAGAAGAGACACUGUCAUAAGUGAAGAUUAUGUGAAAAUUUAUAUAAUUAUAUUUUUUUAUGGAAAAUAACUAAAUUUUAAUUAUCAAUCAAAAAAUAAAUUAAACAGGAUUAUGGAACGAUUACAUAUUGUGUGUGUAUACAUUUAAGCAACGUUAAAAUUAUUUUAAUACGUAGCUGGUAAAGGGCUUCUUUUUGGUAAUUGAGUGAACAUCUCACUUAACGACCUAAUUGAUCAAAUGAUCCGAUGAAAUUGAAUCCAUCUACAACUAGCCCCAUAUAACAUGUGAAGACACGUGCCCCGGCGCCUUAUUAGGUACUUAUAUUAAGUGCAAUUGAGGGUGGAGGUGGGAACAGAUGGUCGUUCAGUUGCAUACAUAAAAACAUGUUACUCUUGGCUGAACACCGCCAUAUACUGCCAACCCCUUAUUACGUCUCUGUUACACAAGCAGUACUAUUACAUAUUCGUCUCUUUCGUUACUUACGGUACUUGCAAUUCAGGGUGCUGGAGACCAUUCAAAGUUGUUUAGACGUUGUCACUGGCAACGGUAGUCGAAUACAUAUGGUACGCGGUUCAACACAACCAUAUUCUGUCUUCAAAUUUGCUCACAACCUUACGUCUUUUUUGUGGUGGAAUUUUAAAGCUUUUUAACAAUAUCAUAUAAUGUUACUGAGAUGACACUUAAUUAAUAAUGAUAUUAUCAAGUAGUUUUAGCCAAGGCAGAUGUACAUCCAAUUGCGUAGUGGACGAUGUUUCCUCAGAUUGGCAAACCCUUUACAAUUCCCAACUUUGGUCCAAUAGCGGAUUACGAAGAGAAAUAAUCAAUAAACCAUUUAUCGAUAAUAAAGCGAUAAAGUGUUGUUACACAUGUCGGGGUAAAAUAAGGAAUUAUGAAAUAACGUCUCCUAAUAAUAGUUUUGUACCAGGUAAUCAUUCUACUCCGAAAACAAAUAACACUCGUAAAGAUAGUGCUAACAGCAUACGAGAUUUAAACGAGAUUAAUUUACGUUAUACUCCACAAGAUAACGUGCCUGCAGCAUCUCAAGAAGGAAAUGAACCAGAUAUCCGGAGUAUACCCUCUAUUUCCAGAGAAGUUGAUAAAAGUUUUCGCCAAAAAUACAUUAGCGCCUCAUAUAAUUCUAGUGCUGAUAUAAAUUUAGAACAACGUAGACUGAGAAAAAGCCUGAAAGGCAUCAGAUGUAUUUUCAGAGUCGCUUUGACUGAAAGUCCGACUAAAAAGCGAACUCAAAUAAAAGCUUGCUCAAUAAGUGUAAUGAUUGUAGCCAUAGUAAUGAUAAGUUUGGUUUUAGUUAAUUUAUCAACUCCUAGUUUAUUGCGUGAGAUGAAUAAAACGAGUACAAUAGUAGUGCCAACAAUAAAUAUAGCCGUAAAUGAAACUUCAUCAGCUAUGGUGAGCAUCACGGAUCCUUUGACCACGGAUAUGUUUGAUGCUACACAAUCAUCUUCAUCAGAAGAAUCUUCAGUAUCUACUUCAGCUACAAUGUUUAUUUCUAAGCCAAAUCAAACCGUUAGCACAGUUAUAGCAAAAAUUCGUAAAAAUAUCAAAACUUAUCCCAAGAUAAAAAACAUGCACAAUAAUGGAACGAAAGACGUUAUUAAUAGAGAUUUAUCACAAAAAUUUUGUUCGUGCCAAAACAAUGAAGUAUGUAUGUUAAAUGAGGAUACCGGGACAUCUGUAUGUAAAAUAGCAGUAGACAUUGAUGACCCAACAGGCUGCGGUGGUCUUUGUGCAUUGGAAACAGAAGCUUGUCAGUUAGUCGACAAGGAAAGAGGAAUCCGAGUUUGUCGACUUGUAACGUAUGAGACUUGUUCUCCGGAAGAUUGGCGGUGCCGAAAUGGGCUAUGUGUUCCUUCAAGUGCUCGAUGUGACGGAUCUAUACAAUGUUACGAUAGAUCAGAUGAAAAACAAUGUGAUUGUGAUUUGACCAAAGAAUUUCGAUGCGGACAUUCUUUGUCAUGUUUUCCGAACAAAAAGCUCUGCGAUGGCAUUAUUGAUUGUUGGGAUGGAUUCGAUGAAGUAAAUUGUACUAUGGAGUGUCCUGAAGGUCAUUCCCCUUGCAAUGACGGCGAGUGUAUAAUGACUUCGAGAUUUUGCGAUGGAUUUUCUGAUUGUACGGAUGGAAGUGACGAGCCUCAUGGUUGUGACAGUGCGUGUGGUACUCACGAACUACGGUGUAUGAAUCGGCGUUGUGUUCCUCAACUAUCUCAAUGUGAUGGGCGGGAUGAUUGCGGAGAUAAUACAGACGAGAUGCAUUGCCCAUAAAUCACAUAUCUGUUAUCACAUAAUGAUACUAAGGACACCUAUUUCAAGCACUUAUAAGUACAAAUACAUUAUUUGUAUUACGAUAAUUUUAUUUAUUAUUUGUAAAUUAAA